CAUAUGACGUCAGAUAAGUAUUAUCCUAUUAUUUGCAUUUUUUGCUAGUUUAUGAUAAUGAAUUUCAUCCGAUUAUUUCCCCAUCAAUGCACAAUUACCUUAAAAAUCUUAUAAAUAGCAUAUUUACUUUAUGCGGACUAAUUUUUCCAACUUAGAAUUUAAGAACUACUUUCAGUAUCUCUUCCGGAAUGAAAAAUUCGAAAAAAAACUGGAGAGAGUUUUCUUAAUUAUAUGUCAAUAUUCAAAGGAAUGGAGAACGGAUUAUAAUAUAUUGUCAUAGGUGGUAUUUAUAAUAUUCAAAAUAUUGCAUUUAUAUUAACAAGACGAUGUAUUAACCUUACCAGUAAUCGAUUGUUUUUUCAUAAAAUUUUACUCAUUUUGAAUAGCCUUGGAUUUUGACUUCAGACAUUGUAGGCUAGAUUAGGCCUUUACUGUACAUUUUAACAAAUUGAAGCUCAAGGGUUGGAGUAUUCAAAGGUGAGCCUUCUUGGCUCAGUAACAGGAAAUGACAGUUUUGAUUCUGUUAGCAAAUUGAUCGGAGUAUCUAGCACUGAAAGGCCAAAUUGAUAAACUAAAGAACUGAAGAUGGACGAUAAACGUUUCAAAACUCCUGAAGAUGAAAUCAUGUUUUGGAGAAAACAAGCAGAAGAGUUCAAAAUAGCUUUGGAAGAUACAAAGGAAGAACUAGAAGAGUUUCAAAUAAGCAGUCGGGAAUUAGAACAAGAGCUAGAAAUGCAGCUUGACCAAGCAGAAUCAAAGAAUAAAGAGUUGACCUCAGCGAAUUCAAGGUUACAAAAUGAGGUUGAAAAUUUACAGGAUAAACUAACCAGCACUCAAUCGACGUACCAUCACUCUAUGACAGAGUUAGAAGAUGAACUUGCACAAGUGAAGGCAUUUAAAGAUGAACUCACCAAGUAUAUACGAGAGCUAGAGCAGUCAAAUGAUGACUUAGAACGUGCCAAAAGAGCUACAGUAACUUCAUUAGAAGACUUUGAACUGAGAUUAAACCAGGCUUUAGAAAGAAAUGCAUUUUUAGAAAAUGAAUUAGAUGAAAAAGCAGAUCUUUCUGUGACAGUGCAGAGGUUAAAAGAUGAAGCAAGAGAUCUGAGGCAAGAACUAGAUGUUACUGAGAUCCAUAAGUCUCCCAGUGAGCCAAAACCUCCUGUUUUAAAAAGUGAAGUUGUUAUACAAAAAGACAUUAUAGACUCUAAUAAAUUAAAUGAGGAAAUGAAACAUGUUAAGUUAGAAAGGAUGAGCCCACCAUCUACUCCUGUUGGAACAGCACCUAGCACUCCUAGAACACCCUCUCAAUCUCAGCCUAGUUUAAUAGGAGGAACUGGGACACCAUUGACACCCUCAGCCAGAAUAUCUGCUCUCAAUAUAGUUGGUGAUCUACUUAGAAAAGUUGGAGCUUUAGAAUCAAAGUUGGCAUCAUGUCGGAAUUUUGUAAAGGAGCAGCCAAGAACCAAAUCUGGGUCAGCAAGCCCCAUGGAAUCACCCAGAGCCAAACGUUUCAACAGAGGAGGCCCUGGGCAGACCCCACAAAGUAUUGUCAAAAUGACGGCAGCUGUUUAAAUCUGAAAUCUGAAACAUAUUGACAUUGAUCCCUAAAAUAGACAAUAGGAUUAUGCUAAUGCAUCACAUGACAGGUUGAGAAUUAGACGAUGCUCCCCAAAUGAAGAUUGAGAUGAGGUUUUCAAGUAAUAACUUUAACUUUAAUACAGCUUAGCUGCCAGCAAUGAUGAACUAGAGACUGAUGCUGCUGCUGUGGGAAAGAUUCAUUAUAUUAGGGGAUUAUUGUGAAAAACAAACAGGGUUACAUACAUUGAUAAUAUGUACCUUUGAACCAAUAUACUGUAGAUGCAGGGUUGUGAGAAAUGACUUGAGAUUUUAUAUGUGAGGGUUCUUUUGUAUCAGACAAGACAACAGGCAAUUUUUUCUGGUCGUUUUUACGAGUUGUUAUGAAGAAUUUUGCAUCUGAAUCCAUGUUAAAAUAUGAUUUUCAAUAAUUCUGCCUGUUAUUUUAUGCAUUUUGCCUCUUAACAGAAAUUCUUUUAAAACCUCUGUUUGUAGAAGAAAAUAGGCUUUUCAAAUAUAUCUGGAAAUUACAAGAUAUCAGGAUUGCCCAGGGUUGCCAUGUUUAAAACAUA